CUACCGCGUCACUUCCGAGUGGGAGAGCUUGCGAGCUGCUGUUUCACAUGCAGGAGAGAAACAACGUUUUGUACCUAGAAAAUAUAAACAUGUCACUGUGGUAGACCCUGUAAAGUCAGCCGCAGUGUUUUCCGAUAGGUUAUCAUGGUCCCCACAGACUUUAAAGGCCUAAUCCAGAGGUUUUAUCAUCUUCAGUCUGAGCGAGUAGAGACCUAUCGGCUCUUUGAAGAAGGACAUGAGGCCUACUUGAGGACGGGGCCUCAAUAUGACUUCGACCACUACAGGCAGCUGGUCCAUGAGAUAACGCAGGCCUUCUGUGGCAUCUCUAAGGAAGUGCUGGAGAUUAAGGGGAGGCUGCACCAUGAGUUUGACAGGCCAGACCUCUCUGAGCACAUUGAAAAGCUGCAGAGCAAAGAGAAGCAGAAACUUGAACUGACAGCCAAGCUGCAGCUGGCCAGGCAGCGGGCCCAGGAUCACCCGGAGGACGAAGGCUGUCAAGAAAAGAUUCAGGAGAUCAAGCACGAAAUCAUCAAGAAUAAGGAGGCUCUGAGUGAGAUCAUGCAGGACUUUAAGUAUGACUCAGAGGAGUGUGAUUGACAGGUGACUCCCCGGGGGGGUUCUGUAGCUGCCCCUCUCACAUCACCAGACAGCGGGGCUGAUAGAUCGACUCGGCCCUGCCGCAACUUGCAUCUUGGACUCCUCAGCUGCACUUAUCGAUCCCCCCUCUGGACUCCACCCUGCUCGCUGCUGCAGUCUUAUUCCACCCAAGGGGCUUUUCACAAUUUGGCUGUGUGUGUGUGUGAGUGUGUGUGUGUGAGCACGCUUGUAUCAGUAGUCGUGUUUGCAUUAAUGCAUGCCUAAGCAAAAAAAAAAAAAAAAAGGAUGGAAAAAAAGGAUAAAACAUGCUUAUUGUUGUAAUGAAACUGAUGAUAUGUGUAAAUACUGAGCAGGUUAAAUAAUGCUAAAAAGCAUCAUUGUUUACUUGAUACAUUAUAUUUUUUAAAUAAUAAAAUGUCUUGGCAAG